CUCGCGACUGCUUGCAUUUGGCGCGAAUUCUGAAUCAGUGACAGACGGAGCCAACGGAUCCUUUGAUCGCGUGGACCUCGCUCGGUUUGACCCGAACGCUGGUACCGGGAAGAGGCCCACGGGUUCUGCAGACCGUCUGACUGGAUCGAGAGGUUACAUGUCAUUGAGGCUGUUUACUCCAAACGUUGGCUAUGCCUGUUCCAAAAGACGAGAUGGGGGAGCCCGCUCUGACGCGCACCCCGAUACCUGUGCCUGCGCACUUCCAACAGGCCGAGCAAAGCUUCUCGCUGAAGAAGAGGGGCCGCUCGCUCUGCUACACCCUUCCCCCGCGGCCGCCUGUAAAGAGCGUCCUUCCCGUCAGUAGGAUCUUUCCCGACAGGCAGCGUUCGUGGAGCCAGCCUCGCCCGCAGAGCGUCUCUUUCCGCGGCCCCCAAACUGUUUCGCUGGCCAGCAAACUCUACGACCAGAGCAAAGGGGACACCUUCUUCAAGCAGUGCUUCCAGAGCAUCUGCAAACUUGGCCGAGGGUCUUUUGGGGAGGUUUAUAAGGUGAGAAGCCGCGAGGACGGCGCGCUGUAUGCCGUGAAGCGCUCUGUUUCCCCGUUCCGAGGCGAGUCCGACCGCCAGCGAAAGCUGCAGGAAGUGAGGAAGCACGAACGCGUCGGGCAGCAUCCAAACUGCGUGCGUUUUGUACGAGCCUGGGAGGAAAAGCGCCUCCUCUACCUGCAAACGGAGCUGUGCGCCUGCAGCUUGCAGCAACUGUCCGAAGAGGCCGGAGGGCCCUUACCGCCGCGGCAAGCCUGGAACAUCAUGUGUGACCUGCUGCGGGGACUCAAGCAUCUCCACGACCGCAAUCUGCUGCACCUUGAUAUCAAGCCGGCGAACGUCUUCAUCUCCCACUCCGGAGUCUGCAAGCUGGGAGAUUUUGGGCUGAUGGUAGAACUAGACGGCUCGGAUGGAGGAAUUGGGGAAGCCCAAGAGGGUGACCCCCGGUACAUGGCGCCUGAGCUGCUCGACGGUGUGUUUGGGAAAGCGGCCGACGUGUUCAGCCUUGGUAUGACUCUUCUAGAGGUUUCUUGCAACAUGGAGCUGCCAAAGGGUGGAGACGGCUGGCAGCAACUGCGGCAAGGGCGCCUCCCGAUGGAGUUCACCUCCGAUCUGUCCCCGGAGUUCCUGAAAGUUCUCUCUGCAAUGCUGGAUCCCGACCAUCGUCGCCGGGUAACCGUGGAUUGGCUGCUUUCGCUUCCUGCUGUCCUGCAGGCCGAGCGCUGGAGGAAGGCGGCAUUAGCUACUCAGUGGACUUGGGGGAAGAUUCUGGUUGUGUACCAGGUUUUGGUCUUGCUGCUUGCUGUUGUGUUUCAAAGUCUCACACGUCCUGUUUUGUGGCUUCUGCGCUCUGCGGGACUAAGAAUACCUGCGCGCUCCCCGCCGUCCUCUCCUACAGCCAACCGGCUGGGUGACAGCAGCAUCUCCAGCGACUGGGAUGAGGACAGCCUUGGGGAUGAUGUGUUUGAGGUGCCCCCCAGUCCCCUGGCACCGGCCCGGAACCUGACGUACCACGGCCACGAGCUCCUGGGGAGCAGCCGCCAUUCCCCCGACCACCGCCUGUCACGGCCGUCGCUGGGCAGCACCUCGACCCCUCGUAACUUGUCCCCGGAUUAUGGAGUGAGGAGGAGGUCGGCCCUCACCCUGACCCCAAAUGUGAGCAGAAUUAGCCAGGACUCUCCUGCCAGCGUGAAAACUCUCAGCCCUGACCCCAGCCCUGACUCGUCUGGUUUUGUGGAAGAUGCCCCGCGCUCCUCUUUUUUGCCACGCAACCUCAUUACGAUGUUUGAUGAUGCCACUGAGCAGUGAGAGCUGCGGUGCCUCAGGUGGCCGGACUCUGUGCCCCUUCUCUCCCCUGUACAUUAUUGGACCUUUCCUCGGUGGAGGACGACGAGCUGCUUCUCAUGGCCUCUGUGUGCUGUGAACGUAGGGCCCGCGGUGUAGUCUUGGCGCUGGGCGUGCGCCGGCCCGGCAGGCCUCUCUAUACUCUUUCGUCUGUUUUCCUCGCGGAUGCCUAGUGGCCCUCGGCUACCCUCCUCCCGUACAGCUGGUUAAUGUCCGUUGGGGCGGAGGAUUCACAGGUCCAGCCCCAGCUUGCAAUGACUGCGCCUUUUAUGUAAAGCCGCCUGAUUAAUGCAGGAAACCUUUGAUUCAUUAAUUGUAAAAUAUGUGUUUUAUUUUUUAAAUGUAAGGUGGGCAGACUG